UCUGAGGGAGGGGACUGCAGCAUGCAGAGGAGAAAUGCAGCGGUGCAGGAAGGCACACAGCGACCUGGGGAAACAUGAAAGGGAGGAAGGACAGACUCCGUCAGUUCUCUCAUCUGUUCUUUUACAGAUGCUAUUUUAUGUAAAUGGUAUUUAUUACAUCUUCUACUUCUUGGCAACCCUUGCAAUGAUCAUUUAUAAGAGUCAAGUUUUCAGUUAUCCAGAUGAUUUUUUGGCUCCCGAUCUUGCCUCGCUUCUCAUUAUGGCUGUUCUUGAGGUGCUCCGAUUAUACUUAGGUUCAAAGGGUAACCUGACAGAAGAAGAGGCUCUGUUGGGGCUCAGUCUUGUGACCAUGGUUGGAAGCGUGAUUCUGUCUGUGUAUUUCCUGGUGUGGCAAACCUAUGUCCUAAAAGCAGACGUCAUUCUCAAUGCCGUUCUUCUCUUUGCAUACGGGCUGGAGUCGGUUCUAAAGGUCACAGCCAUCGCUGCGUUUGUCCGCUAAACCCUGCAGUUAUCAGUAUGUUUUCAACACGAUUCUCCUAUAAAAGAUAAAUAAUGUACUGGAUCUAAGAAGCGUUGGAAGUGCGGAGCACCUUGUUCACAUCCUGGGCUACAGCUCAGCUGCACAAAGGAAGACUCGGAUGAGGCGGGAUGUGUGCACAAGUGUCUUCUGGUCCUUCUGCCUCCGCUCUAUCUUAGCCCUUCUCCCGCUAUGGAAAAGAGCACUGAGCUCUGUGCCGAUUUGCACCAGCCAAGGGCCAAAACCACAGCACUGUCAUCUGCACUGCUGUUCCCUUUUCUGUGGUGGCAGGAGGGAAUGAAAGCUGCAGAAGGUCCUGCAGAAGGGCCCGGUUUUGUCCCUUAGGGGCCCCUUCCAAGGCUGGGGAACAGCAGCUUCUGUCAGCACUACAACCUCCAGCAGUCAGAAUCCAAACCCACCCAGCAGCACGGACCCUGUGGGCCGGAUCCUGGAAAGUCAGGGCACAGCAACAGCAGGAGCACGGCUGCACCAAUGAAGACAAUACCAAGGCAGCAGAAUGAGGAGCAGCCAGGAAAGGGAGAGACGGAAUGUUUCUGUGCUUAAUCUGCAUGAAUCCAGCACCCACCCAUGUGUCCUUCCAGAUUUGCUUGGCGUGAUGGAAUGCACCCAUCACAUCCUUGUUAGGAGGAGCAACAAACACUGAGCCAUGUCUGCCCUGCUGAUGAGGAACGCACGCCAUGCAGAACCCCCUUCUGUAUGCAGACAAAUAAAAGCACCCUUUUUCCUGGUACUUACCCCGCUCUGGCAUGGAAUAUCUGACAAGUUUUAAAGGAAAGAGUGCAAAGUGGAAUGUUUUUUACCUGAAGGUUCAGCAGACAGGGUCACAGAUGUUCACGUCUCGGUGAAGCCUCCAUGCUUUUCCUUUUUUCCUUCUUGUGGUGCUCCCUACCCAGGGAAUAAACACAAAUAUUAGCACGGCUGGAGGGAGCAGAGAGCCAGGGUGCAGAUGCAGGAGACAAAAGCAGGAGGUGUUUCUGAUUGCAGAUGUUUGACCCCACCACGGAUUACCACCCCUUGGCUACAGCCCGACAACCAUCUGUGGUGCUGCACCUUGGAACCAUCCCUGGCCUGAUCCAUGCAGGAAAGAGCCCUCAACAGUGGUUCUGAUGAAGGUGUAAAUUAGGUAAUGGCUGUUGUGUUUCUGCCUGACCCCACAGCAUCUUUUGGAUUUUUUGGAGUUUGGGACGGGCUGCUGGGUCACACAGAGUAAAGCAGCUGCCUCCUCAAGCUCCUUAAUGAUUCCAACCUUAAUGUUUCCUUAUAAAACAGUGAGAUAUCUAUACAUGUUAUAAAACAUGAAUCCUCUGCUCCCUAACCAUCAGUGAGGAAUAAAACAAGAACCAGCAGAAAAUCAUAGAAUCACAGAAUGGUUUGUGUUGGA